UUUCCGUUUGUUAGUAAAGUUUGUGGUAGCUUCGAGCGCAGUUCGGUUCGGUAGUGUUUUUGCUUCGCGCGGGGAAUUACUUUUGGUGUGGAUAAUUGCAAUUGUUGAAGUGUUUAAUUGUCCGGAAAACAACAAUCAACUUAGUGGCGGCUCUGAACGACGCCCACAUUGGAUACAGUGACUAUUGUUUCUUACACUUGAAUCCGCUCUCUAACCAUUAAAAUGGCAGUUGGAAUAACAUGUGUUAAAGUGAUUGUAUUUGUUUGCAAUUUACUUUUUGCGCUAACUGGUGUGCUAAUCUUAACAGUUGGUGCUAUUGUGCAAACCACUUACAAUCAUUAUUCGAAUUUCGUGGGUGACAACAUUUGGAGUGCUCCAAUCAUCCUCAUCAUUGUCGGAGCCGUAGUGUUCGUAAUCGGAUUUUUGGGAUGUUGUGGAGCAAUAAAGGAGAAUUCAUGCAUGAUACUAACGUUCAGCAUAUUGAUCGUGAUUAUCUUCCUAAUGGAAAUCGGUAUAGGAAUAGCUGGCUACAUAAAACACGGUGAACUGGAAGGCAUCCUCUCGAAGGAGUUUAAUAAAACGCUCGAACACUACAGUGAGCGUCCCGAAUACCAGGAUGCAUGGAAGUUGAUUCAAACAGAGUUGGAUUGCUGUGGUAUCAAAGGACCAAACGAUUGGCAGCAAGUUUUCAAUAACAGCACACUUCCAGAAUCGUGUUGCUCUGAAAUUCCUACUAAUGAAACCUGCACCAAGGUUCAUGCCCAUCCAAAAGGCUGCAGUGACAAGCUGCUUUCGUUAUUGAAUGAGAAUGUUGCGAUAUUGGCGGCUGUAGCAACUGCCGUGGCCUUAGUUCAGCUACUGACCAUUGUUUUCGCGUGUUGCCUUUAUCGAUCAUUCAGCCGCAACUACGAAACAGUUUAGACUGUCUUUCGAUGGAUCUCUCUCACAUUGGACGCGCAGGAACAAACCGCGUGGUUUACACAUUGAUUAGAAACCGAAUUCAUAUUUUAAGGAAACAAAAGAUCAAAACAGAAAAGACAAGUGGAAAACAUAAUCAAAAAUACAAUAUAUUACAUACACAUUAAUAUUAGUAGUGCAAAAACGUUUUAUAUCACACUUUUUACUGCAAUCUUUUUAUACAAAACGUGUCUAUUGUUGAAUUAAGUAUAAAACACGAGAUAUUUUAUUAGAAUUAAGGUACAAAUCAAUGAAAAACAUUUUUCAAGCCAAAUUGAAAUCAAUUGAAAACAAACUCUGCAAUGGGACCCACUUUUAAAAAGCAAAUAAGAAAUUAAUAACAAAUGAGCAAACCCCACCACCUGUUGGAUAUGUUCAUGACUGUCUCGCAGACUUUUGUCUGUUCCACUAUUGCGUUCUCUUCAUUUCACACAGAAUGAGGAAAGUUUCUACGUCCUUGUUCAGCAAUUGACAAUUUUUGCUUAUUUAUAUUGUUAUACACAAAGAUAUUUAUUAGCCAAGAGAAAUGACAUUUCUUGCAUAUAUAUGUACUAGUUAUUUAAGGGAUAUUGCAAAAGAAAUAUUCGUAAAUAUGUGGAGCACGGGAAUAGAGUCAAAAUUGCCACAGAUAUCUAAAGUUGUGGCUUUCGCUAGUAAGCGGACAAUAAGAGGAAUUGGAAUCAAUAAUGGUUCUCUCCCUCCGUUUGAAGUCUUUAUUUUAGUAAACAAAAAUUCAAAUGGUGUCCACCAUGGCAAUUCGCUCUGUUUCCUUCGUACCUCGGCAAGUUCAUUCGUAUUUAAUAAUGUUCAAUGUAUUUCGUCCUUACGAUGUGAUCUUUUAUAAUUUAUUAUUCGUUGAUUUCUCCUAAUCAAUCAACUCUUUAUGAUUAGUUACCAAUCAAACAAAAUGAAUUUUUUUUCUCAAAUUGAAUUUGAUAUAAUGUAUUUGUAUUUUGUCGUCUUUACGAAACGCUAACUGCGUUUAUUCUAAAAGGAGUAAAAUUUUGAACUAAAUGUAAUACAAAAUGCGAAUAUGUAUUCUACAAACAAGAAACAAAAAGCGACAAAAAUGAACCCUUUGGAUGCAUUACUUUUGUAAACAAUUAUGCGUGAAUUUAAAUGAAAGAAAUGCAGUUUUUAUGAAUUAUU